AUGCAUUCCAACAGUCGAGUGCAACGGAUUCAUGGCGAUGACCACGAUCCCCCACCUGAGUUUACGCGUUACACGAUUCGAUCGGCGAGGGCAUCUUGGGACUUCUUCCUUGCAUGGCUUCGCAUUACUUGGUUCGACAUUUUCGUCUUAGCUGCAUUGGGCGGUGCCGCUCUCGGCAUCUUCAAUGCCCCUCUCGCGGCAGUCCGAAACUUCCCCAUCACUUUUGACAAUUCGGGGGAGAUUGUCUACCCUCAGUUCGCAUACCAAGACCGCGGUUGGAUCAUCGAGACCUGGCUAUCUGCGCUGCUAUCCAUCUCCAUUCCCAUCGCUGUCAUUCUCCUGGCCCAGUUCCGCGUCAGGAGCAUCUGGGAUGUGAGCAACGGCAUAAUUGGCCUCAUAUUUUCAGUAUCACUAGGCACUUUAAUCCAGGUUGUGACGAAGCAACUUAUUGGUGGUUUUCGGCCCUAUUUCCUCGCAGUUUGUAUGCCGGAUAUCUCACGGGCAACCACGAACAAUGUGACAGGACUCAACGCUGUGGGCUUCGAGCAGAUCAUGUACUCGGUCGAUGUUUGCACUCAACCGGACUCGAACAAGCUGAAAAAUGCUAUGACCUCUUUCCCUUCAGGCCACUCCACGGCUGCAUUUGCAGGCUACGUUUAUCUGUUCUUGUACCUCAACGCCAAGUUGAAGGUGUGGGCCGACUAUCGUCCUGCUCUCUGGAAGAUUGCUCUUACUUUCGCUCCGCUCCUCGGAGCACUGCUUAUCGCCUGUUCCUUAACGAUUGAUCAGGCGCACAAUUGGUACGAUAUAGUGGUAGGAAGUGCUAUUGGUACUGCUGUUGCCUUUGGCUCGUACCGCGGAUGUUACGCCGCUGUUUGGGAUUGGCGGUUCAACCAUAUUCCUCUUCAGCCACGCAACCAACUGGAUUAUUUCCCAAAAGACGGAACAGAGUACCGAGAAUUUGUGUUCACAAGAUCUGGUGGAUGGGGACAGACAGGGGAAGAACCAGGAGAGAAGCAUGCAACCAGCGAGCGAAGCAGUGUUUCCUACGUACCUGUAGCGGAGAGGGAAACUUUACCUCCCCAGCCACCACGUACACGGUACAAACGACACAGACAUCGAGAGGAUAGUGCAGUUUGA